ACAAAAAGGCUGGAUUAACCGCGCGGUACUGGAACUAGUCUUGAUAUGAGGGGAAGACCCUGGGAACGAGGAUUCACUGGGUAACCGAACGGAAUCCAAGAUGGCGGACGAAUUGAAGAAAGAAGUGAAACGCGCGAUCGAGGAUAAUAAUGACAGUGACUUUGAUCCGUUUAGUGAUCUUGAAAUUGCCUCUCACGAACCACUAAGGGGUGCAGAGCGGGCGCCAUGUCCUAAGUGCCAAACUUCACGGAAAUACUACUGUUAUGAGUGUUACACUACAGUAGGCAUUGAGCGGUCUUUGGUCCCUUCAGUGACCUUACCCAUUACAGUUGAUAUAGUGAAACAUCGAGGGGAGCUAGCAGGUAAAAGUACAGCAACACAUGCUGCCAUCUUAGCUCCUGUUCAAGUCACUAUUUAUAACUACCCUGACUUUCCUGAAAUUGUAGAUAAACAGAAGGUUGUGGCUGUUUUUCCAUCAGAGGAAGCGCUAACAUUGCAACAAUGGUGUAAACAUGAUGAUAUGGCAAAAACAGAAUUCAACAGAGUUAUAUUUAUUGACAGUACCUGGCAGCAAUCUCAUAAGAUCAUCACAGAUGGAAGACUAUCUGGGAUACGAAAAGUGCAGAUUGAAAACGCAAAGACCUAUUUCUGGAGACCGCAACAGAAACCCAACACAUGUCUUGCCACCAUAGAGGCCAUCUACUUCUUUUUUAAAGAGUAUGAGCAACACAUCUUGCAAAGUCCAUACGAAGGGCAGUAUGAUAAUCUGCUAUAUUUCUACUCCUUCCAAUAUAACCUCAUCCACCAACAGAAACGUUUGAAAAGAGAUGAGACAUGAUGUUUCCAAGACUGCAAAACUAAGGAGUACAAGUGGUCAUUGCAACUCUAAGAUUCUGGCGGCCCUGUUGACGUGCGUAACCUGGUAACUUGUCCACGGGACACCAACACCCCACGACUCAAGUCUGUGAUGCAACAACGGAGAUCCGAAAUAAGCCAAUAAGGACUAAAGGGAUGAGAAUAGCUUAGUUGAAUUCCAGUGUACCGGCGACUAAGCUGAUACAUACAGUGGUGGCCUCAGUUUGACACAACUUCCGCACACAAGCGAGAAUCUUUUUGAGUUGAUAAUAAAACUUUGAAUUUA